CCGCUGACAAGUCGCCGCACUGUGAGGGCGUGCGAUGGCGAAGAGCAUUCGUUCGAAGGUCAAGAAGCGGCUCCGGUCCGUCAAGCGCACCGUGAUCAAGAAGCAGCGGCUCGACCCCGCCUCUAAGCUCGGCGAGGGCGGAGCCAAGGCGCUCGAGAUUCUGCAGGACGCCAAGUCCGGCCACCUCCGGCCACCCAGCACGACGAAGAACGCGUUCCGGUAUGACGGCGAGGAUGCAGUCAUCCCGCAGCACAACUGGAGGCAGGGGCCGGAUUUCCGGUCGAGCUAUGUCGGCUUCGAGGCGGGCUAUGCGCUGGUGGGCGCGUCGCGCCCCAAGCUCGGCCGCCACGGCGGCGACGCUCCCUCCACAGUGGUGGACGCGCCAGCAGACCCGACUGCGGAUCGAGGAGUCGCGAGGUUGCAUCGCGAGACAGAGCAGCUUGUGCCAGCCGGCGCUUCGAAACGGCUAAAGCGGAAGCUGAAAAAGAGUGGCGUGGACAAUAAUGUGUUCCGAUGGACGUGAAACGUGGACGACUCGUGCUUGCUUGCUGUGCGCGGUCGGAGGCAGCGCUGCACGCCCUGCGUGCUCUUCGGGACGGGCUCGCCGGGGAUCACCAGAGGCGUCGUCGCUCCUCACCCCGGCGGCACGAUCCGACAGCGCCUUGGUACGCGUCGCUGCUACGUUGAGUUCAAGAACUUCUCGAAAGGACGUCGCCAGAUAGCCCAUACGCCAAGCCGAGGCACGGGCAGUUUUGAGACGUCCGGGU